AUGGCGCUGGCUGCUUUGAGAUCCGCCGUCCGUCCCGGCCGCCACUCCUUCCGCGGCUUUGCGGCGGCCGCCAAGCCGCAGGACUUCGCCAUCUAUCGCUAUGACCCGGACCAGCAGGCCAAGCCGUUUUUGCAGAACUACACUAUUGAUCUCAAGGAGUGCGGGCCCAUGAUUCUGGAUGCCCUCAUCAAGAUCAAGGACGAGAUGGAUGCCACUCUCACCUUCCGCCGGUCUUGCCGUGAGGGCAUUUGCGGCUCUUGCGCCAUGAACAUCAACGGCAAGAACGGCCUGGCAUGCCUGCUGUACAUCGAGGAGAGCAAGGCACCCAUCGAGAUCCAGCCCCUGCCUCACACCUAUGUGGUCAAGGACUUGGUGCCGGACCUCACCAACUUCUACAACCAGUACAAAUCCAUCGAGCCGUGGCUGAAGCGAAAGGACACGAAGAAGAAAGGGGACACGGAGUACUACCAGAGCCGCGAGGACCGGGCGAAGCUUGACGGUAUGUACGAGUGCAUCUUGUGCGCCUGCUGCAUGACGUCCUGCCCCUCGUAUUGGUGGAAUCCCGAGUACUAUCUGGGCCCAGCGGUGCUGAUGCAGGCCUACCGGUGGAUUGCGGACUCCCGGGAUCAGUACACUGAGGAGCGUUUGGCGUGGGUCAACGACACCAUGAAGCUGUACCGCUGCCACGGCAUCAUGAACUGCACCAACUGCUGCCCCAAGGGCCUGGACCCCGCGAAGGCCAUUGUGCACCUCAAGGAGCAGGUGGCAGAGACCUACAAGGACGGCUGGAAGUCCAUGAUGACCGGGGAGAUUGUCAAGAACAAGGGCCGUGAGAACGGGCAUGCCCCAGUGGUGCGGCUGCUGCUGAAGCCAGAGCUGCUGAAGGCAAGCAGCUGCGCCCGACGCCGCUCCAGCGCCUGCCUUGGGGCCGGGGAGAAACCUACGGGGGGUCGGCAGGGUCGGCGGGUGGAGAGUGUCGUGUGCGCGGAGAAGUAUGGCCACAGCGCUGGGCCUAGUCGCUGGUGUAGUGGCCUGGCCGUUGUCCCUGAGGUGAAGUCGCUGAGGCCUGGUGGAUGGUGCAGGAUUCCGAUACAGAAGCCCCACUUCAUUCGUAGGAAGGCUAUGGGACGGCGAUUCCUCUUCGGUGUUUCCCUGCCAUUCAUUCUCGCCACGGCGGAGCAGCUCAGCCAAUGCUCUGCGGCAGAUGCGGGAGUGGACCCUGAGGAGUUGCCCUUGGAGGAGGAUUCGGUAGAGUUCUCUCUCCUGCAGACCUCUCUGACACUGUCGCAGCGGGAACCCCUGCAGCUGCGGCAUGCCAAGUCGUUACUCUCCGCCGUUGUAGAUGCCGCCCCUUGGCACGCAAACGGCAGCGCUGCGUUGAACACCUCUUCACCCCUGGCACUUUUGUCGUCCGUGACGUCCAUCACGGCACUGCGCACGCGAGAUGUCAUAGCCUGGCCUGGCGCCUGCGUUCUGGGCCUUUCUUUUGUGGUGACGCUCAUCUUCGUUGUCGUUCUUUGGGCUGUCAUGUUGGAGGCCAGCCAAGCCAGCAAAGCACUGGCCACGGGCCGAUCGUCUCGGCAGGGCAACAUGCCGGCCAGACUACCGGAGGCUGGGCCGGUACCAAAGUUCGGCGGGGAGUCCGUGGAGAACUCCCUGAACGCCCGCAUCGCGAAGCCUCCGCCGAUCUGCCCUUCUUUGAGUCUUCUCCAGGGGGCAGCACAGUUCAGGAUCCCCCUGCUCUUCUUGGACAAGUGCAAGCCUCAUGCUACUUUGGUGGUCCUAGCUGCGGCGUUGCGCGCGGGCACUUUCCCCAUGCAGAUCCUUGGUCCGAGCGGCAAACCGUUGCUACAUGCUUGGCUGCCACUCUGCAGCAAGAGCAAAAGGGCCGGACAGAGGCCGGAGCGGCAGGAGCGCUCGGAGAUGUGCCCAGACAUGCAGAGUGAGACCAGCGAGCCUGAACGCGCGCCCUUCCACAUCGGUCAUUUGCUACAGCUUACCACCAGCGCUGCCAUUUCCCGGCACCCCCACGCCAGCAUUGGCCUCCUGCAGUUGGGCAGUGCCAACGUUCAGCGGGCGCCCACGGAGAUCUUUGGGCCGAAGAACCAGAAGUACGGUUCAAUGAGCCGAUCCAAUGACAAGUGGUAUGUCCAUCAUCACCAUGAAGGAGCCGAGCAGCUGGCGCUCACGCUCCACCAUGCCAGCGCGAGCCUGGGCUUGUGCGCCUAUGCGGAGGGCCGCCAAGUUGCCGCGGCUACACACAUCAGCUCAGCGCCCAACAUUGCCCCGGACACGCUGAGCAUCAGUGUGAGCCCAGGUGGCGAUGCAAUGCUGGCUCUCAUCUGCAUUUUGGCCGUGGUGCUCAGCAUGAUGGAGAAGGUGACGCUCACGGAAACGCCUGCUCCUGCGCCCCUCACGGAAGCCUUGCCGCCGGGCUACUCCGCCGGAGAUCCGCGAAACUCGAGCCGCUCCCUGCCCGCGUCACUGCCUGCGACGGCCGCGAGCGGCUCCGGGCCUGCGCCCUCAGUGCGGCUCCUGGACCCGAGCAGGGUGACCAGUGCACGGUCUGUGCCCCGAUUGUCUAGCUAG